AUGUCAACAAUUAUUUGGAAUAAAAUUUUAUUAUCAUAUAAAAAAAUGCCAGAAAAAAAAGAAUGCCCAGUAAUAGUAGAUCCAAAAACAGGAGAAGAAAAGCCUUUAAAACCUUGUUGUGCUUGUCCAGAAACAAGAAAACUACGUGAUGAGUGUAUCAUUCAACAUGGAGAAGAGAAAUGUGGACCAUUAAUUGAAGCUCAUAAAAAAUGUUUAAGAGAUCUUGGAUUUAAUAUUUAA